GUUGUCCAUUUGCGGGUGACCAGAAGUCAGCGGUCUUGGUCAUGCCGAAAAUAUCUUAUGGUCAUGUGUAAAGUGUAAUGUAUAUUGUUGUCUAAUGUUUAUAGACCUCCUGUGGCUCUGUAAGAGAGAGCGCGAGAGCGAAAGAUGGGUUGGAAGGACAAGGCUUUGACGGGGAUAACAGCGGCUGCUGGGUUUCUGUGUCUCACGUUGGCCCCGACUUGGUCCAUGGCGUUUCUGAUUUUGUUCGGAAUGAUUCGUCUUGCACCUGUUGCUGCUGGAAAAAUGACGAGAAGAAACCAGGCUUCUGCAGCUGAUGAUACGGCCCGUGCCCAUGAACAGGCUCCUGCAGCUGAUGAUACGGCUCGUGCCCAUGAACAGGCUCCUGCAGCUGAUGAUACGUCUCGUGCCCAUGAACAGGCUCAUGUUAUUGAUGUUGACAAGCCAUCGACUCUUGCAGAUGCUGCUGCUGGAAAGCCGGAAUCAUCUUCAACCUCAUCGUCAUUGCCUAGAUUCAAGUAUGAUGUAUUCUUGAAUUUCAGCGAUUCAGAUACUGGCGAUAGAUUCGCGGAUCACCUUUUUAGACAACUGGUUAAUUGGGGGAUCAGGGUCUUCGAUGGUAGAUGUGACCCCUCUCCUGGAAAAGAGCUCUGGCCGGAAUUUAAAGAGGCGAUCGAGCAGUCGUGGAUCUCAAUAGCCAUCUUUUCCAAAGGUUUUGCUUCCAGUACAUUUUGCCUCAAGGAGCUGGUAGAAAUGUGGGAGUGCAGAAAAACAAAUGGACAGACUAUAAUCCCGAUUUUCUAUGAUGUUUUUCGCUCGGAAGUAAGACACCAGAUAGGGGCCUAUGAAGAAGCCUUUUUGAGUCAUAAGAAGAAACAGCGAGUCGACUCAGGUACCAUCGAAAUCGAAACAAUGGGUGGGUCAUGCUUUCACUUCUGGGGCGAGGGCAAGCUCGCAGAAGAAGUUGUUGCAGCUGUGAAGCGAUUGUUGAGGGAGGAUUACCAACGUGCGUCAUAUGCGGACGACAAACUGGUUGGAAUUGAUCAUCAUGUUCAAGGGAUGAUGAAAAAGCUUGGUGUUGCCUACCACGAGGGUCGAGCGAUCAAAGUACAAGGAGCAGAGGUACGCGGUGUUGAAAUAUGGGGUGAGCAAGGUGUCGGAAAGACUACCCUUGCAAAGGCUGUUUUUCACAAGAUGCAUAAAUUGUUUGAUACACAUAGCUUCCUAGAAAUUAGGUCGGAAGGAGUUCAAAUUUUACGAGCUAAGUUGAUUGCUGACCUUAAAAAUCAAAUACCUGCACCGCAUGAAUCUUCCAGUGAAGAGACUGAAGAAAUAGCAAGUUUAUGUCAUGAUAAGAAGGUUCUCAUUGUGCUUGACGGUGUGGACAAGGAUGAACAAAUUAAAGCAUUGGCCGGGAAGCUUACUUGGUUUGGUCCGGGAAGUAGAAUCAUUGUGACAACAAACAAAAAAAAUAUUUUCAAGGCUUUCGACGUUGGAGCAGUUGAAGAACACACGGUUAAACCGAUGGAUCAACGCCAUGCUCACAAACUCUUUUGUUUGCAUGCUUUCCAAGGGGAUGCAGCCCGAGAUGUCUCCGAAUAUUUCGGCUUGUCUUUGGACAUUGCCGAAGCUAUUGGAGGGUUUCCUUCCGAAAUUGUGCGUCAGGCUUCAUCUUUACGCGAGGAAAUGAAUAUGACUAGAUGGAAAACUACCUUGGGCUUAUUGCAAGAGAAGGCAAAGAGUAGGAAAAAGCCCCGCGCAUUUCAAGUCAGUUACCGGGGAGGAUCUGAGCGUGAAAGUUCCAUUUAA